CAGAUAAGCGUUGGAAUUCUCAUUUUUGGUCUAUAUUUAUUUGGCCUUUUGAAUCUUUUUCCAUUAUCUGCGUGCAUUACACUCAUUUAUACCUCGGUCUGACGAUUUUUCUGCCCUGCCAAAUCUUUUUUACGCGACGCUAUGAGCACAAAACAACCAACUGGUGACGCCUGGGAUGAUGACUGGGAAUCGCAAGCCGACAGACUAGCCGCUGAACCCACCCCGCCUCCACCGGAAAAGAAAGUGUCGUCCAAAGUGACCAAGGCCCAACGCCGAGCUCAGCAGCUGGAGUUCAACCGCCAACUGUGGGCCGAAGCCGAAUCUCCGCAAACAUUCCACUUCUACGAAACCACUUCGGAUGUGCCCCUCAAACAAGACUUUAAACCCACUGUCACCGUGCUCAGUCGCAAUCCUCAGAUCGUCGCCAGACAAUCGUCGGCCGCCGGGGCUGCGGCCGGUAUUGCGCAAAUGGAUCUGAAUGCCGAUGAGUCGGAUGAGGAAAAGCCGCCGGAGCCUACCCCAGAAGAACGCCAGGCAAUGGCGCUGAGAAACCGCGAGGAGAAGCAGCGCAAAUACGAAGAAGUGCGCGAAAGGCUGUUUGGUACCCCAUCCGCGCCGACUUCUGGGGCAUCCUCUCCACGAAGUGCGACUCCACCGAGACAAGAAGGCCGAGGAAAAGGUAGAACUCGAGGAAACGGGAGGGACAAUAACAAUCGAGACCGGAGAGAUCAGUCUGCCGCGUCAGGCAAGUCGAAGCAACUCUACGACCCGGCUUCUCCAUCCAGGCCCAAUUCGUCCUAUGGUAGAAAAGACUGGCAGAGUGGUGACAAAAAUCACGCCGACCAACUUCAGUCCCCCCGUCAACCAAUCCGCAACCCUCGCGGACCGGAUGGUAGCGGAAGGGGUGGCUUUAGGGCACACCGAGGAGCGAAAACACCCUAG